ACUUGAUCACGCACACGGUCCACAAAGACCAUGUCGGGAUCAGAUGCUGAGAAGGCAUUGGCCGAAAACACAGUCGAAGCCCCAGGGCCACAAGAACCCAGGCACCCGGAACCUUUGACUGAAGAACCAUCGGAUCGAGAAGGGUCCAAUUCCGAACUCAACGAUGAGAAGAACCUCGAAUACGAAGCUGCUGAGAUCAGCUCCCAGGACGGCAGCGAUAUCGAGAAGCAACGCAGACCGCAGGUGACGCGGGAGCAGAGCAAUUGGACCACAGCCACCGAGACCAGUGUGGCGACUGAAAUCGAACAACCCGCGGUAGCACCUCGAAAACGAAAAUGGAGCGAAAAGAUCAAUCCGCUCAAAAGCAGGAAUCCACCUCCCAUCCCUAGAGAACGCGAACCUUCAAGAGAGCACAACGCGGGCUUUUUCAGCACAUUAACAUUUCAAUGGAUCUCACCACUGAUGUCGGUGGGGUACCAACGAUCACUAGAGCUCAACGACAUCUGGCAAGUCAAUCCCGAACGAAGUGUCGAUGUCAUGCGAACGAAAUUGCUCGAAUCACUGGAGUAUCGCCAAACUCGAAAAGACUGGUUCGCGCCUCUACCAAUGGCACUGUAUGAUACAUACAAGAGGGAGUUCUGGAUUGGCGGCAUUUGCAAUUUGAUCUCAGCGUGCCUGCAAGUUCUAUCACCAUUUACAAUGAAGUACCUCAUCGCUUUCGCGGGCAGAGCUUAUGCUGCGCAAGUUUCAAAUGGCCCGGCACCUGCUAUCGGCGAAGGCAUUGGUCUGGUGCUUGGAAUCACUGGAAUGCAAAUCAUUCAGUCGAAUUGUAUCAACCACUUCAUAUAUCGCGGUAUGAUGGUAGGUGGGCAAGCGCGAUCAACGCUGAUCAGUGUCAUCUUUGCGAAAGCGAUGAGACUUUCGGGACGCGCCAAAGCUGGGGGAGCGGCAUUGGGAAUGGAGCAAGAAAAGCCAACAUUUGAACCUGGGAGCAAGGAAGAAAAGGCUUACUUCAAGAAGCAGCUGAAAGAGGAGAAGAAAAACAAAGGCAGGAAAGGCGUCUCUGGCGAUGGGCAAGGCUGGGGCAAUGGCAGAAUCGUCAACCUGAUGUCCGUCGACACUUACCGUAUUGACCAGGCCUGCGGUAUGGGUCACAUGGUCUGGACGGCGCCCAUUCAGGUCUUGCUCACUUUGGCACUUCUGUGCAUCAACUUGACUUACAGCGCCUUGGCCGGUUUUGCCUUCAUCUGCGUGAUGAUGCCACUGCUUGGACGCGCGAUCAAGAGUCUGAUGGCUCGCCGCAAGGUCAUCAACAAAAUCACCGACCAACGUGUCAGCUUGACGCAAGAGAUCAUCUCUUCAGUACGUUUCGUCAAAUUCUUUGGCUGGGAAACGAGCUUCAUCAGCAGAUUAGGCGAGAUUCGAGAUCGCGAGAUCAGCAAAAUCUCCUUCUUGCUAUCGAUUCGAAAUGGUAUCAUGGCAGUGUCUAUGUCGAUUCCGAUCUUUGCAAGUAUGCUGGCUUUCAUCACAUAUUCGCAAACACACGGCAGUGAACUGAAUCCGGCACCGAUCUUCUCAUCACUGGCAUUGUUCAACGCACUACGCAUUCCGCUCAAUUUGCUUCCGAUGGUCCUGGGACAAGUCGUGGAUGCGAACGCAUCUUUGAAGCGAAUUCAAGAAUUCUUGGCUGCGGAAGAAGUCAACGAUGAUUCGCACUGGGACGACCAGGCGAAGAACGCCAUUGAGAUUCGAAACAGCGACUUCACUUGGGAACGGAACACCAACAAGGACAGCAAGGAUGCUCCUGGCCAAAAUCCGAAGGGACGAAAGCAGAUUGCGCAGGACAAAAAGGAUGCAAAGGCCAAAGCGAAGGAAGACAAACGGCAGUCGAAACUUCGCCAGAAGGAGGGUUUGAGCGCUCCACCGACUCCGGUCAGCCCUGCAGACAGUGUUAUGGACGAGGAGACACCGCCAUUCCAGAUCAGAAAUAUCGAUCUCACAGUGAAACGAGAUGAGCUCAUCGCAGUCAUUGGUUCUGUGGGCAGUGGCAAAAGUUCGCUCCUUGCAGCUCUUGCGGGUGAUAUGCGGAAGACUACUGGCGAGGUGACAUUUGGAGCGAACAGAGCUUUCUGUCCUCAAUAUGCUUGGAUCCAGAACGCCACUGUGAAGGAGAACAUCAUCUUCGGAAGAGGCUACGAUCGAAAGUGGUACAAUGAAGUGAUCGAUGCUUGUGCACUUAGACCUGAUCUCGAGAUGCUGCCGGCAGGCGAUUUGACAGAGAUCGGAGAGCGUGGAAUAACAGUGUCAGGUGGUCAGAAGCAGCGACUCAACAUCGCUCGCGCGAUCUACUUUGACGCAGAUAUCGUGCUCAUGGACGAUCCGUUAUCGGCUGUCGAUGCACACGUCGGUAAGCACAUCUUCGAGAAUGCGAUUUGUGGUUUGUUGAAGGGCAAGGCUCGUGUCCUUGCAACACAUCAACUCCACGUACUGCAUCGCGUCGAUCGCAUUGUGUGGAUGAAAGAUGGCCUGAUACACAAAAUCGCCACAUUUCCCGAGCUCAUGGAGAGCGAUACGGAAUUCCAGAAACUCAUGGAGACUACCGCGCAAGAAGAGAAGAAAGAGGUCGAGGAAGAAGUGAACGAGGAUGAGAUCGAAGAGGAGAAGAAAGACGCGAAAAAGACGAAGAAGAGCAAGAAAUCCGCCGCUCUCAUGCAGCAGGAAGAACGUGCUGUCGACAGCGUGGGCUGGGGUGUCUACGCUGCAUACAUCCGGGCUUCUGGUGGUAUGUGGGUGGCACCAUUUGUGAUUUUCCUCCUCGUCAUCUCACAGGGAGCCAAUAUCAUGACUAGCUUAUGGCUGUCAUACUGGACGUCUCGCAAAUGGAACUUGGGAGAUGGAAUCUACAUCGGAGCAUACGCGGCGCUCGGUGUGGCGCAGGCCUUGCUUAUGUUCGCCUUUUCAGUGGUCCUGACAGUUUACGGAACGAAGUCGAGUAAAGUCAUGCUCAACCGAGCUGUGACACGAGUCCUUCGAGCACCAAUGUCGUUCUUCGACACGACGCCUCUUGGUCGUAUCACAAACCGCUUCUCCAAGGAUGUGGACACGAUGGACAACACUCUCACCGAUGCAAUCCGCAUGUUCUUCUUGACCAUGUGCAUGAUCUUGUCGGUCUUCAUCCUCAUCAUCGCAUAUUAUUACUACUUCGUCAUCGCCCUGGUGCCGCUGACGGCCAUGUUUCUCUGGUCUGCUGGAUACUACCGAGCUUCUGCACGCGAACUGAAGCGACACGAAGCAGUGCUACGAAGUGUUGUCUUUGCUCGCUUCAGUGAGGCUGUCAAUGGCAUCUCCACUAUUCGAGCGUACGGUGUCCAGAAGCAAUUCGCAAACCACGUCGAUGAGAGUGUCGACUCCAUGGACGGCGCAUAUUUCCUGACUUUUGCCAACCAGCGUUGGCUUUCAACAAGACUGGACGCUUUGGGCAAUAUGCUGGUCUUCACAGUGGGCAUCCUAGUCGUCACAUCUCGAUUCUCCAUCAACCCUUCCACGGGCGGCCUGGUUCUCUCAUACAUCCUCUCCAUUGUCCAAAUGAUUCAAUUCACCGUGCGACAACUGGCCGAAGUAGAGAACAACAUGAACAGCACAGAACGUAUCCACUACUACGGCACCGAACUCGAAGAAGAAGCCCCACUCCGCCUCGGCGAAGUUCCAUCAUCCUGGCCCUCUCAAGGCGCAAUCGAAUUCUCCAACGUCCAAAUGCGCUACCGCGCCGGCCUCCCCCUCGUCCUCAAAGGCCUAACAAUGUCCGUACGCCCAGGCGAACGCAUCGGAGUCGUCGGCCGCACCGGAGCCGGAAAAUCCACCAUCAUGUCCACUCUCUUCCGCCUCGUCGAACUCUCAGGCGGAAGCAUCAAAAUCGACGACAUUGAUAUUUCCAAGAUCGGCCUUCAUGACCUGAGAUCAAAACUCGCCAUUAUCCCUCAAGAUCCCACGCUUUUCCGCGGAACAAUCAGAAGUAACCUGGAUCCUUUCAAUGAACACACCGACCUCGAACUCUGGAACGCUCUCCGCCAAGCUGACCUCGUCGGCGCUUCCCAAACAAUCGAAGAUGAAUCCGGCCGCAUCCAUCUCGACACCGCCGUCGAAGACGAAGGCCUCAAUUUCUCUCUCGGUCAACGACAACUCCUCGCCUUAGCCCGCGCUCUCGUCCGAAACUCCCAAAUCAUCGUCUGCGACGAAGCUACAUCUUCCGUUGACUUUGAAACUGAUCAAAAAAUCCAACGAACUAUUGUACGAGGUUUUAAAGGAAAGACAUUACUUUGCAUUGCACAUCGAUUGAAGACUAUUAUUGGGUAUGAUAGGAUUUUGGUCAUGGAUCAGGGGAAUGUGGCGGAGUUGGAUCGUCCGAUACAUUUGUAUGAUCAACUUGGGGGGAUCUUUAGGAGUAUGUGUGAUCGGUCGGGGAUUCGACGGGAGGAUUUUUUUGAGAGUGAGGAGGCGAGGUUUAGUGCGGAGAGUCCCGAGUUGGAGAGGACGCAGAGUGCGGUUAUGAUGGGGAGAAAUUGAAAGAGAG